ACAUAGCUUAUUAGGUUUUCUUAAGUCAGAUUUAUUAGAUUAAAUGACAUUUAUAGAAAAUCUUUAGCAUUAAUAAGGCUAAAAACCUGCAGCCCCACACUGAUGCAUUAAAAAAGGAAGUAAAAAUGGAGCACAAACAGGUUUUUUAAAUAGCCACACCACCAAGCGUCAGGUUUCACGCACGUCAUGCAAGCUGACAAGACACCGGAAGAAAUGAAACUGAAAUGAAACUGCUCUCUGAUGAGGAAGUGCAAGACUGACUCUGGCUUCUGAGCGCAAUGAAUGACAAGUGUUUUGAGUGGCAGAUGCUGGUUGAAAAUCAGUGGCUGCGAAUCGACAGCGACCAUGUCAUCGAGACUCACUACUGCCAGCCUGGAGCCAAGGGAAUGGCCAUCAACACGACCGUGGGACAGAUAUUCAUAGAUUUUGACACUUUGGAGACAUCUCAAGAAAGUGUACGAGUUCAGAGACUCAGCCUCCUGCCUCCUGACCAACCAGAAGAUGUAGGCUGGUACUUCAGAGAUGACCGCCUGUGGUGUGAAUAUGGAUCCAAUGGCUCCGGCACGUUGAACUCAUCCGUCAGCAGUAAAGACAUUGAGCGUCACUUCAUGUUGAACCCUCAGGGGAACCUCGGGUUCUCAGUGGGCUCUAUAGGCUACUCAAUAGAUUUUUCCACCAUGACCCAAACAAACCUCACCACAGGCUUGCAAAGGAACAUUAGAAGGCGUCCAAAAUUCCCCUCCAACCUUGCAGGACUUUACUCCACCACAGUCCUUCCUGGGCCAUCACAGCAGUCUGUGGCAGGUUGUAAGUGGGAGUUUAUGGGAGAUCGGGGGCAGUGGACAGAAUACCAGACACCUGUCUGCUCGUGUGACAGCUCCACUAUUGAACAACAAUACAAGCAGAACCCUCAGGGCCAGCUUCCCUUUACCACACACAAGUACUCGUACACACUGGAUUUUUCAAGAAUGUGUCAAAUAAACAAUGUCUUUGGGACGACGAGAGCAGUGAGGAGGACUGCUGGUUCUGGCGUUCAACCAGACAUCAGUUCAGGCACAAGUCUGCAGUGGCAGUUUCAAGACAACUGGAGAAUAUGGACAGAUUUCUCUCAGGGAAACCAGUGCAGCGUUUCCAGUCAGGACAUUGAACUCCAGUACCAGCAGAACCCGUCCGGCACUUUGAUUUUCUACACCAGGGACUUCAGCUAUGAGCUGAACUUUUCAGCCAUGAAUCAAAGGAACUUGUCCACAAACACAGUCAGAGCGGUGAGAAGAAUUCAGCAGUGAACGUGAGGAUGGACUUCCUGUUUCAACAAUCACAUUUAGAGCUCAGUUACUUUAACAACUGACAGUAAAGCAUUGUGUUAUUGAUUUUUCUGCACUUUAUUGUUCAGUUUUAUACUUUAAAAAUAAUUAUUUUGGGAAUAGAUGGAACAGUUCUCUAAAAGUAUAUAUUUUUUUUACUGUUUUGCUGCCUAAAAUGCUAAUAUAUUUCUAAAACAAAAUGUAAAAUAUUUUAGUAAUUAGUCUAUUUAACUACAUGAAUAAAUGUAUAGCAAAUGUCAAGACUUUUCUACCCCUUCAAAAUAAAAGUUCCAUUUAGAUGUGAUAAAUUUAACAAAUAAAGACAAUUUUCUCUGGAAUAUUUGUGUACUUUUUAUAUAUAUAUAUGUACAGAUCUUCAGUGAACCACCUUAGAAACCAGAAUCUUCACACAUAAAACAAAGCUCACACUUCACAAACAUGACAGUAGUAUACAAACGUUCCAGUAGAAGAAUAGGAUUUAGUUCUCAGCUUUGAGGUCAAAAUAUGCGAUGAAAUCGAAAAAGGCGCCAAUCUAAAAAUCCUCCACAGAACGAGACGAUUCUAGUCAUGAAUGGACAGAAAUUCAAGCGGACUAAAAUAAAAAAUAAAAAAUAAA